CGGGAUAGAACAAUUAUCCGCUAGUCCAAAAAGAUUUAAAAUCCUAGAAAAUUACUAGCCUACCCUCAACAUUCAUGCGUGGGUUAAAAUUGUCUCCUCCCACUUCUUCUUCUUCUGCCUUGAUGAAUCCCGCUACCAACUCCUUCAUCAACUCCUCAUAAUUCAGAAGCUCUUUGUUUUCCUUUAUUUAUUGGAAUUUAAUUUCUGAUAAUUUUUUAGUUUGACACUCUGUAUCCGUUGUCGAGAAUUUGCAAAGACGCCUGUCAGAUCUUCUUCGACCUAAAGUGGAGGUUGACUUCUUAAUGAAAUUGUUUGAAAAGAUUUUAAAGGAAGAACUGGACUCUUUUAUGAGGCAAGGGGUUCGAAUUUCUGUAAUAGGGGAUUCCAGGAAGCUUCCGAGAUCACUACAAAAAUGCAUAACAAAAGUAACCGAAACCACCAAAAGGAACUCAGGUUGUCAUCUGAUUAUGGCAGUUAACUAUAGUGGAAGGACUGACAUUGUACACGCAUGCCGGAGGAUCUCUAACAAAGUAAAAGAUGGUUUAAUACAGCCGGAAGACAUCGACGAGAGACUAAUCACUCAUGAACUGGAAACAAAAUGUACAGAAUUCCCACAUCCUGAUCUACUUAUCAGGACUAGUGGUGAGCUUAGGUUGAGCAAUUUCUUAAUGUGGCAAUUGGCUUAUACUGAACUUUACUUUGAUGAGUCGUUCUGGCCUGAUUUUGGUGAAAAAGAAUUCGUACAAGCAUUGCAUUCAUUUCAACGACGACAGAGAAGAUUUGGUGGACAAAACGAUGAUAAUUUGGUAAACCAAAAAUCUUAACUAGCAAUAUGUCCUUGACAUUUGUACACAGUACUGAUGACAAUAAUUCGGUACUAUUGGUCUUGCAUUAAUAUGUAUACAAGU